UCGAUUAUCAUAUCGAGAUGUAAUGCAUCUCCUCUCCAUAUCGGGAAGAAACGAUGAGGAUUUCCAUGCAGGAUUCGCACCAUCUGAUUUUGAAAGAAACCAUGCUGGAUUUAAAGUUUCUUUAUCUUUUGGAUUUGGAGUACUUGAUGUACAAAGAUUUGUUACAAAAGCAAAGACCUGGAAGAAUGUUGAAGAACGUGUGAUUUGUUCACUCGAGCAUGUUAACGGGAAUAUGCUUGAAUUUCGUGUCCCACAAGACUGUUCGAUAACAUAUUUGGAACACGUAAUGACUGCUGUUAAUGUAGACUCGCUGACUGCUGGAAAAUGGGAAAUAUCCAUCGUAAAUUCAUACAACACGUCAUCAAUCUUGUUACCAGGAAGAAUUCUUGACAAGAGCACACAUCUAACAGUUGAAGUUAUGUCAGUCAAGUUUUGGGGAGAAAACCCACUUGGAACAAUAUGGCGCUUCAAGUAUAACGAUCAAUGCGAUGACAGAACUCCCAGAUGUCCAGAAUAUGUUGCCAGGUUUCAAUGCAAUUCACCAGGCACUGAGCAGUUUAUGAAUUAUAACUGCAAAGCCUCCUGUGGAUAUUGUGGAACUCUAUCUGGAAAUAUCACUAUUUAUGGUUUGGCAAAACGUCCAUCGUCCAUACCUUUGUCGCCAACAUCAAAUCUACCCUCUGGGUAUUUAAACAUACUGGGAUAAAA